AAAAAACAGCACAUCUUUAACACGAUGUGACGGAUAAUAUAACAACGCGACGUGUCUGUGGGUCGUCAGAAGAAGUCGCAAUGCCAAACUGACAUGGCAUAGUAAGGGUUUGUCUUAUGAUAUGGGUGGUUGGUAUCACCUAAUUUUUAAGCAAGUUUUAUUUCAAUAAAUGAUCUCGUGGACUGAUUUUAGUAUAAAAAUCCCCGACUCGAUGCAACGAAAGGGAUGAUUAUUGUAUUCUAAUAGUUUAAAAGCGAAGCCUCAUUUAGUAAAAAUUCGAAGAUUAAUAAAAAAGCUUGUCCAACACAAACAUCGUCUCAGCUUAGGGUCUAAGUCUCUAAGACAUGGAAGAAAACAUUGUCUAAUAAAAUAAAGUGGUGAAAAAAUUUUUGGGAUUCAAUUCUCUUACCGAUUUAUAUUGCGACAGUCCAGAUUAAUAAUAGCAAUUGGUGACGAGUAAAAUUUGACACUUCACGAAAGAGCGUCUAGUUUCGCAGCAAUAUGAGUUAAGCUUCGAUUAUAUAUAUACUUUCGAUUCAGUAUUUACAAGUUAUGGUUCAUAUUAAGUACAACCAGCUAUUAAGGCCUAGAAAAAAUAAAACCAUGCGACUGCUGCUGGUAGUUUUGCUAUUUACUUUGCUCGUUGGAACUGGAAGUCAGGACCCAAAUAAGUUUAUGGUAUGUAAAGAAAUGGAGUCUGUUUUUAGCGACGAACACAUUGCUGCAUCUAAUAGAAGAGGUGUGCAAGGACCUCCAGGGAAAAAGGGUCCUCCCGGAAUAAAGGGUCAACGUGGACUUCCGGGUGUUGCUGGCCAAUCAGAUGAAGUGGACUACGAUCGCGUAGAGCAAAUCGUAAAAUUUGCAAUCAAUUCAGAAUUAGAUUCAAUCACUGAACGUUUACGAUCAAUGGAAAGAAGAAUAACAAACAUUACUUCUUUACCAGAAUUGCAAUGUGUUGCAAUUAAAGGAAUGAUGUACGACGGAAAAUGCUAUUGGGUAAAAAUAAGCUUUUCAAGGGAUACCAACAUCCCCGAAGCUAAACAGAUUUGUGAGAGCAGUGACUCCAGAUUGGCUGAUGUUUACAGCAGAACACAUUACGAUAAUCUAAUGAAAUAUUUGAGAAUGAAAUUACCCGAAGGAAAUUCUGAGAUGUUUGUGUGGACUGGGAUGCAGAGAAACUCGGCAAGUCAAGCGACACUUUCAACUGGACAGUUGGCUCCUUACACAAAAGCAAGAUCUGACAAAACGAAAUGGGAAAAUGCGGAAGCACGAAGAACACAUGCAUAUUUACGCGUUUUACGUGACACUACGUCAACAGAUCAAGGAUUCGGGUCGAUUUGGCCGUCAUGGGAAGCCAAUGGAGUGUUGUGUCAAACCCUUUAGUAGCAUACCGAAGAUUUUAAAAAUAUUCAUUUUAUUUUUGAUGUAGCCUAUUGUUUGUUCAAUGUACAUACCACAAUCUCAGAUAUUUUAACUGACGCAAACUUUAUUUCUUAUUCAUACAAUACCGGCUAACUUGUAUUUUGAAUAAAAGUUCUAUUGGCUUUACAGAGACAAAUAACAAACUUUCAAAAUAUCUCCAGGACAAUACAGUGACGUCACAUAAGUUGAAAUGAUAUCAUUAUUUUCAUUUUAAUAUAUAUGAUGAAAACAUA